AUGGAUUUUGAAUCCCCUCAAGGACUGUCUUUCGGCCUCGCCGGAACUUUCUCCGUGAAACAAGACCGAAUCGCCACGCAGUUCAAAAAAUUCGGAGUCAAGAGAGAAAAGGAUGUCAAGAAAUGUGACUUCAUCAUCGCAAACACGGAUGCCUUGAGCAACAAAUUUGUCAACGAUGCAAGGGCUGCAAACCUCCCAGUCCUCAACGAAAACUGGAUUGAAUCAGUUUUGGAAGGGCAGGCGUGGAUUGUGCCCGAUGCAACGCAUUUUCAUUUUGAACCUGGGUCUUCUUCAGCUGCAGAAGCUAGCGAGGAAAAGCGCAAACAAGAUGAGGAUGAAGAGAAGCGCAAGCAGGAUGAGGAGAAGCGCAAGCAGGAUGAGGAGAAGCGCAAGCAGGAUGAGGAGAAGCGCAAGCAAGACGAGGAGAAUCGGAAGCAAGACGAGAAGCGCAAGCAAGAUGAGGAGAAGCGCAAGCAGGAUGAGGAGAAGCGCAAGCAAGGUGGUGGAGACCCCCCGCCAGACAAAGACGGCCAUCAAACGGAAGACGAAAAUGAGAGCCCCGACGAGGAGAGCCCCGACCCAGAGGAGAGCCCCGACCCAGAGGAGAAGAGCCCCGAGCCAGAGGGGGACAAGAGCAAAGGGCAACACGAAGGAAAGCGCAAACCAACAGGGCAAGCACCGCCCAUCUUAAAACCUGCCUGGGGUGGCCGUACCGUUGAAGGAGCGCGAGCACACUGGUACAAUAGUAGUCGCGCGCAGAACGACCUUGUUGUUGCUGUUCAUCCCGCGGACGAACACAAGCCAGAACAUCAGCAGCGCAAGAAUUACGUUCUGAAUAUCGACUUCGUUGUUCGACACUUCCUGUUUGUGUCCGAUCCGCAGACUGAAUUCCCCGCACACCAUAUCCCAGCAAAGACGAAACGGAACCUGCGCGCGUCCUGGCUGCUUCCACGGAAAGACCAAGGCGCACAGGGCCAAGCUUACAUCGACAAGCGAGGCCAUGUUUUGUCCGUUACAGGCGACGCCAUACUGCGAGGCCACAAAAUGGACGAUUUUGACUGGUGGGGUACCGCGACCGACGGCAGAGUGUGCUACAACGCAGGCAUUUUGCCGGGUGAGACCGAGCCCCAGGUGUGGGCACGAACAACGCAGAAGAAAAGUUGGAAGCAUAUCGACGCUGAGAUUGAUGCCAUCCGACAGGUAUUUGGUCAACCCGCUCUUGCCGAGGAAAGUGUGCGCAGAAGGACUGGGGAUGGCAAAUCACGGAUUCUGGAGAACCUGGUCGAGGGUGAAAGGUGGUUGAAAGAGGAGGACGACGACUAA